AUGAUCACCAAGACCAUCCUCCCCUUCUGCCUUCUCGCAGGCACCGCGCUCGCUGACGCGACCGUCUAUCUCAUCCGACACGGAGAGAAGCCGAGCGACGGCAGCACCGGACUCAGCACGCAGGGAGUGGAACGGGCCCAGUGUCUGCGGACCGUCUUCGGGGCGGACUCCGGUUACAACAUCCAGUAUAUCAUGGCCGAGACGCCUAAGAGUGAUGGCAAGCGCGACCGCCCCUAUCUGACCGUGCUCCCUCUGGCGGAGGAUCUCGGUAUCACUAUCGAUACCUCGUGCGGUAAGACGGACGCCAAAUGCGUCAAGAAGGUGGUCGAGAACUACUCGGGGGAGGGCAAUAUUCUGAUUUGCUGGGAGCACUCCGAGUUGACCGAUAUUGUGGAGAAGCUGGGCGAUGAUGAUGCCCCGACGUACCCGGAUGAUAGCUACAACCUCAUUUGGACUGAUCCCUCGCCGUACACCAACAUCACCGCAGUGACGAGUGAGAACUGCCCUGGGCUGGACAGCUAG